AUGACAACAAUAGCAACAUUGGUCGCGAAACUGCGCCAUGACCCGCGGCCUCUGUACAAGCUUCCACCCUAUAUAUCGGUACUCCUUAUUCUAGUCGGUGCGAUCUGGCUUCUGUUGCUUCCCCUGAACGAAUACUCGCGAGAAACAUACAUUUCAGAAAAUGCUCUACUUCCUGGCCAAGUACACACUUACUUUGCUGGAAGCGAGCAGAAUAUAUUCCGCGCAUACAGACAGGAGCUUGAUACUGUGAAAGGCCGCGAUUACAGUUUCAUAUCAGAAAAGCUCCAAUCAGUGUUUCGAGAGUCGGGACUGAAAGUUGCUACACAGAACUAUGAGUAUCAAUCUUCUGGGAAUGUGUAUACUGGCCAAAACGUGUACAGUGUUAUUCAUGCCCCGCGUGGAGAUGGCACCGAAGCAAUGGUGCUGAUAGCAGCCUGGAAGACCGUUGAUGGGGAACUCAACCUCCACGGCGUUGCAUUAGCACUGACACUCGCAAGAUAUUUCAAGCGCUGGUCUUUGUGGUCAAAAGACAUUAUAUUCCUCAUCACACCGGAUAGCAAGUCGGGAGCACAAGCGUGGGUUGACGCUUACCAUGAUAUGCAUCCACCUUCUGUUCAGCCUUUACCACUAAAAAGUGGUGCCAUACAAGGGGCUAUUGCGUUUGAACAUCCUCAGAACCAUAGAUUCGAAUCCCUUCACAUCCUAUAUGACGGUGUGAAUGGUCAGCUGCCGAAUCUUGACCUGUUCAAUACUGCCAUUGCUGUUGCUCGCGGUCAGAUGGGUAUUCCAGUUGACUUGCAGCAUGUAUGGAAUCAUGACAAUAAAUACCAAAAACGUCUCCAGACUAUGCUUAAAGGCAUGAUUCGCCAAGGACUAGGCCAUGCUGCCGGGGUUCAUAGCAGCUUCAUUCCCUACCAUAUUGAUGCCAUCACAUUUCAGACCAUUGGUAGUGGGUGGGAGGAUGAGAUGGCUCUAGGAAGAUCCAUCGAGGGCGUUGUCAGAAGCAUUAACAACCUCCUAGAACAUUUCCACCAAAGCUUCUUCUUUUACCUACUUAUGCACACCAAGCGCUUCGUCAGCAUAGGGACUUAUCUGCCUAGCGCAAUGCUAAUUGCGGGGAAUUUCACCAUUAUGGCAAUCGGUCUCUGGCUUAAGAGUGGACGUCGGACUCCAAACGCGCCGCUAGAGACACACCUCACGCCUCUUGAUAGCAAAUCAGGGGAAGAAAAGCAAAACGCCACCACCAUCGCUAUCGAUGGGGUCAAUAGAGCUGUGGAAAGGCAUAUGUCAUUGCCGUUAGCUCUGGUAUUGGGGUUACAUUUCUUAGGAGCUGUUCCCUUGUACACUUUCAACAGCCUUCCUCAUAACCUCCUAUCUUAUGCGGCAUAUAUUUUUGCCGUGGCGAAUAUCGCCAUUCCCCUCGUCAUUUCUGUGGUUGUGGUUCACUUCUUACGACCUACCACCCAGCAGUUUAUCCUCACUAAAUCAUUUUCUCUUGUUCUUCUAGGAUUGUUUCUCUCUGCUCUAGCUACACUCAACUUCUCUUUGUCCCUUCUCCUAGGCCUUGUCUGUACGCCACUCACUUUCAUCGGCUACAUGGAAUCCUCUGCAACUCAAAUGGGGAGAUCUAAAGUUCAGCCGCAGACAGAAGCGGAAAGAGAUGCGAGAGCUCUGCUACUGAUAAAAACUGCGUUUGGAAUAUUGCUUCUUAACCUUCUCUCGCCGACGGCUCUACUCCUUGGCAUAUGUACAGUUUACAAUAUCCCCGUCGAGCUUGUUCUGUCUGAAGCAGCAUUUGGAUGGAAUGUCUGGGGAAUGUGGACCCAAGUUGCGGUUUGGUGCAUAUGGUGGCCGGCGUGGCUGGCGGGCUGCGUGUUGCAUUUUUCCUCGAUUUUAUGA